AGGUGCGGGUGUAGGAUACAUAGUUAAAGGAGGACCUCAUGACCUAAGUGAACCUGUCAUACCCAACCCACCAUUUAAGUAUAAAAAGUAUCCAUACAUAGGCUACUCAGUAACUACAGGGCACUUCUUUGGUCCUAAAAGCACAGAAUCAGUGGUCUUGGGAGCCCCAAGAGAUGCCAAGGCUAAUGGAAUGGUUUAUAUCAUCGAUGGACAUGAUUUUUUAUCUUCCAAAGCUUUUACAAUACAAGCUAAACUGGAAGGGAAACAGAUGGGUGGAUACUUUGGAUUUACAGUUUUAGCAGUCAAUGUAAACAAUGACUCACAUUCAGACUUACUAGUGGGUGCACCUUUGUUUUCUUUAAUAGGUGCCGGUGAUGAAGGUAGAGUUUACCUUUAUCUUAGUGAUGGAGUGGGUCUUCAACCUUCACCAGUGAAGCUAAUGGGUUCAAAGUCAGUUAAUUCUCGGUUUGGUUCUGCUAUAGCCAGAAUAGGUGACUUAGAUCAAGAUGAAUGAAGAUGUUGCCAUUGGUGCACCAUAUGAAAAUGACCGAGGAGCUGUAUAUAUUUAUAAUGGUUGUCCAGCAUCAGGACUCAAACCUCAAUACAGUCAACGAAUCUUUGUCUCUGAAAUAGCUGGAGGGCUCAAACUGAAAGGUUUUGGCAUUAGCAUUGCAAAAAGCAUGGACAUAGAUGACAAUCUCUAUCAAGAUUUGUUGAUUGGAGCACAUGAGUCUGGAAAUGCUAUACUAUUAAGGUCCAUGCCCAUUGUCAGAGUUGAAUCUGAACUUAGUUUUGAUAAGAAUCUCUUGGACACAAAGAACAUGAGUUGUUCAUAUAAUAAAAGGAAAUAUUCUUGUGUAGAGGUGAAGUUUUGUAUUCGAUAUGCAGGUGGCAGCUUGCAAGAAACCCUGGAGUUGCAAGUGUCAUUGAUGUCAGAUACUAGACGUUCAGGGAGCAUAUCUAGGGGCUUUUUUGUUGUGGAAAGUCGGAUAACACAAGAUAUUAACCAGACAUUGUUUGUCCACCAAGACAACUGGUCAUGUCAUUCCUAUGAUUUCUACAUACAGAAAAAUUUGACGGACUUCUCUGCUGUUGCAUUUCUCCUUUCACAUAAAUUGCCUCAAAAAAAUUCUGAUUCAUUUUGUAAGAACUGCCCUAUUAUGAGCAAGGACAACCUCCAAUUUGUAACAAAGAAAAUAAAAUUUUACACAGAGUGUGAAAAUGGUGUUUGUGUCUCUGAUUUAACUCUAUCAGCCAAAAUUUUGAACUACCAGAAAGAUAAAGUCUUAAUCAUUGGUCAAAACACCAGCUUAACUCUCGAAGUUCAAAUAACCAAUCAGAAUGAUCCAGCAUAUUAUACUGAAGUGUUUAUCAGUCUGCCUCCAGAUAUUUCUGUAACCAAUCAGGGUAGGUGUAGCAUUCUGAAUGAAGAAAAUAAGAAAACUUUACAGUGUGAUGUUGGGAAUCCAUUAAUUGAGAGCAAAUCAGAAACAUUUCAAGUGAAACUGGAUACUUCCAAGUUGACUAAAAAUACUAAAAAGGUUCAACUUAAUCUCAGUGUAACUUCACAGAGUAGAGAAGAAAGGCCAUUGGAUAAUAAAGCUAAUCUCACAAUAUUAUUCACUGCUGAAACUUAUGUUACAAUCAUAGGAUUCACAAAAAAUGAACAGAUAUUAUUUGGACCAGGGCAGCCAGAUAAAAUAUUAUUCGAACAAGGCUAUGUAGUCACAAAGGUAUCACCUAGCCCAAUAGAACUGGUUAAUUUUGUGAUGUCAAUACCAAUAACUCUUGGCACAAAAAACUGAACAGAUGUUGUACAUCCGUCAGGUUGAAGUUGGUGAUGGCUCAAAUACUUAUGUUUCUGGUAACUGUGACCUAAAUGCAGUAGAUGAACUGAGUGCUAGACAUGCAAAUGGUUUUAGGAAAGAUACUCCAGCUGAUGAUAUGAAGGAUGAUAGAAUGCAUCACAUAUUGAACUGCCAGACAGCAUCUUGUAGAAAUAUUUAUUGCUAUGCUGGACCGUUUUUGAGUAAUAAAAAGAUUACAAAAUUUCUAAUUUCUGCAGAAGUUGAUACAAAGGCUAUAGAAAAGGUUUUGGGAAAGAAAGAUGUCAUAACAAUUGUGUCUAUGGCAAAAGUUUGGAUUCCAAAUGUUCCAGGAAUAGAUCCCACUGACCCACCUGGUGAAUUUUCUUCG